AUGGAUUCCCCAAUCGUGGCCCAACUUUUUCGACAGCUCUUUCACCAUCGACCUCCGGGCUGCAAGGGCAUCAGGAACCUUCCCCGCCUCCGCAAUGGCCUCCGAACCACCGCCAUCGUUGGCCACAGCCAGCGACGCUUCUACGUUGCGGGACGGCCCUCUAGUGAUCGUGGAAUGAAGGCGAACGAGAGUCGAUGGCAGCAAAGGACCAAGAUCUUGCCGCAGGAUCGAUCUGCAGAGUUCGCAGAGUACCCUUACAUCUCUGCGGCGGAGCUCAAAGAACGAACAGAACGGCCGCGCAAGGCCGUCAUCUUUAGUCCUGGCGAGCCCUUUGACUUCAACUCGAUGCGCGACGAGAUCGAGUUCCAAUCCGAACUGGGUCGUCGAUACACCGAAUUUGAGGACAUUCUCGACGACCGCGAGGGCGAGAACCCAACACGCCAGCUGUGGCAUACCCCCACCGAGCUAUUCCGUCCUUACUACGGCGAAGCCAUCGCCCGCUACCUCGUCUCCAACUACCGCCUCACCACAUACCCUUACCACGAUCUUCUAAUCUACGAGAUGGGUGCCGGUCGCGGAACCCUCAUGCUCAACAUCCUCGAUUACAUCCGUGAAGUCGACCCCCAGGUGUAUGCUCGUACCAAAUUCAACAUCAUCGAGAUCUCAUCUACCCUCGCCGCGCUCCAGAACAGGCAUCUUUUGGCUACGGCUGCCUCUCGGGGCCACGCAGACAAGGUCGAGAUUAUUAACCGGUCCAUUUUCGACUGGGAUCAGUACGUCCCCUCGCCGUGCUUCUUCCUCGCUAUGGAAGUCUUUGACAACUUCUCCCACGACGGUAUUCGCUACGACAUCACCACCGAGCAACCCCUGCAGGGCCACGUGCUGAUCGACGGCGAUGGUGACUUUUACGAAUUCUACUCCCAUGAGCUAGAUCCUCUCGCAGCACGAUACUUCCGAGUUCGUCACGCCGCAACGGCAGGAAACUAUCCCAAGCCGUACCCCAGCAAUGCGGUUCUGCGCUACAUCUCCAGCAAGAUGCCCUUUGCCGCCAACCUUUCCGAUCCCGAGUUCAUCCCCACUCGGCUUAUGCAGUUUUUCGACGUUCUCGAAAAGUACUUCCCAGGCCACCGUCUUGUGACGUCUGACUUUGACUGGCUACCUCAAGCUGUCAAGGGAAUGAAUGCGCCUGUUGUUCAGACAAGGUACCACAGAAGGAUGGUGCCCGUCACAACACCUUUAGUUCACCAAGGCUAUUUUGAUAUCCUGUUCCCUACAGACUUCCAAACCACGGAAGCCAUCUACCGUGCCAUCACGGGCAAGCUUACCCGUGUUAUGUCGCAUGGCGAUUUCAUGCGUAAGUGGGCAUACGUCGAGGAUACAGAGACUCGAAGCGGAGAGAAUCCCUUGAUAUCCAACUACCGCAAUGCCAGUGUUCUCGUAACCGUGUAA